UAUGAUAACCUAAGCAUAACAACUUCCGACGUUGCCAUUGCAGAACCAAUCAAACUUUGAGCCCUCUACUACCUUCUCAGUUGGGCACUAUUGGGUAGCUCGCGCCACAAUAUUUCACCUUCAAUAAUCGAUCAAUUAACAUGUCCCGCGCCAACGCGAUCAUCGCCGUUUCCACUUUGUUGUGCCUGGGGUGGUUCCUGACCACGAUCAACGCAAAGGACUUCAACUUCAUCUUCGACCCGCACGAGCUGGAGUGCUCCGGCAAUGUGACAUACGACCGGGUGAUGCUGACGGCCUACCGACCGCGGACCGCCAGCGACGAGCGCCGUGACUACACCGACAUCAAGCUGAAGAAGCUGAACUCCCUGCAGGACUACCUGGACGACCGGGUGCCGUACGUAACGGUGGGAAUGGAUCCUUUGCUGAAAAUUCCCUACGGUACGCCGGUGUGCAUUCCGGAGUUGAACAUACACUUCCGGCGGAACCUCAACCUGCAGGUGCGGGACACCCAUCAGGAUCUGAUCGGAGGGGGCUACCGGCGGGUGGAUAUCUGCGUCCGAACGCAGGCGGACAGUUUCGAUGACUAUGUGAACCUGAUGGAUGCGACACUGAUUUUCUAG